AUGCACCGCCAUGUGGCUGGUAAACAAAAGCAAUACGUGUGCAUCACCAAUACACCACCGUACGUAAGAGCCACGGACGAAGGAGACGAAUGGGUCGUCAAUCAUUGUUGGAUCCAAGCCAUGCGGGCGUCAUUGUCAUUGGAAGCGACUAUGGAAUUCAUGGCGGACCGAUUGGCAUUGGUCUUGGGAGAUCAAAUGGUGGCCACGGUCAGUCAUGGAGUGGACUGCCAAUGCAACGACUGGAUGCCUCUACGACCACAAGCACAAGAAACAACGACCAAUCCAACCAACACUCUUACGUGGCAGCGACUGGAGCAACACAUUCCUCCAGAGGCUCAAGUCACGGCGGAAGAUUGGUCCGUGGGAGAUGUCGUCUUUUACAAACAUGCCGGAGGAAAUCCCAAUGACAAGACUGGAUAUGUCCCUCCAGGGUGGCUCAAGGCUACCAUACUUUCAACAUCACAACAAGAGGAUGACGAUAACUUGUUGCAACUACAAGUCCACUACCAAGAUAUACCGCAAUGGCGAGUCACAGCGCGGAGAGACACACUCAUGAAUGAUUGGUACAUGGGACAAGCAUGGAUGCUACCCGAUGGCUAUGAAAAAGCAACAGUACAACUGGCACAGAAAUAUUUCAAGUACAUGGACUAUUCCAUAAAACCCCAUCAAUGCGUCCGAACCAAUGAGGGCAAAGAGGCCAUCAUUCUGGAUUGGAGGGAGUUUGAUUGGGAAGGGUACAUGCACAAGUCCUCCACCAAAGAAAAUCUGCAAAGGCCUCCCUUUGGAGCUCACGUACCAGUUCAGUGGGUUGUGACCACCAAUGACAACUACAACAAUGACAACAACAAUACACAGCAAACGUUGUUACCCGUGGAGUGGAUCCAGGAUCACACAGCUGCUGCACCAUUUCCAUUGGAGCAGUUUCCCACCGAACCGGACCAACAGCAACACUGGGUCCGCAAGGCACUGCUACAAAGCAUCCAAUCCAGUGGCAAACAGAUUUGUCAUGCCGCGACCAAACUGGGAAAACCUGAUGAUAUUGAUGAUAUUGAUGACAGUGUGAUGAUGAUUGCCUACUGGCCGCAAGAUGGAGAGUGGUACGAAGCAGAGCCACUCGAUCCAGAAACCGUUUCUCUACAGAUUUUGGCUAGUCAUGCCCAAUUCACAUUGACCGGCAGAUACUGUCCGGUGGCAUACGAAGAUGGAGAGUUUGCCUUGACUCCCAUCCACUAUGUGAGGAAGACAAAACGACGGCAAAGAUCCAAACACUGUCCCUGUUUGCACUGA